AUGCCCAAGGCAACGACUCCUACCGCGGCCCGCGGCGGCCGACGCCACAAUCCCCUGGAAGAUGACGUUUUGGCGACGGGCAUUCUGCGAAACAAGCCUACCAAGAGAAAGUCCAAGGAUGUCGAAGAGUCUGAGGAUGCGUUCGUGGAUUCCAAGGCCUCCAAGAACAUUCUGCGGAUAGGCCGCGAACUGAUGGAGGAGGAGAAUGCCGAGAACCCGGUAACAAAGCCCACGGUGGACAACUUUGGAUACGAUUCAAGAUUCGGCGAGGAGGAGGAAGAUCACAAGGGCUACGACGAGGAGGAAGCCUGGGGAGACGACGAUGACAUGGUGGAGGAGGUCGAGGUUGACCCUGAAGACCUCGAUACUUACAGAAAAUUCAUGGGAGACGAAGAGGAUGAUGAUCUGCUGAAGCACGGCUGGGAUCUCAAGGGUUCCGGAGAACCCCAGGGCGAGUCCAUCAACUUGGCCGACCUGAUUCUGGAGAAGAUUGCUGCGCAUGAGGCAGCUCAGGCUGGUGGAGGCAAUGUCCGUGCCCCCGACGAUGACUAUGAGCUUCCACCCAAAGUUGUAGAAGUGUACACCAAGAUUGGCGAAAUCCUUUCCCGCUACAAGUCCGGACCUCUUCCCAAGCCCUUCAAGAUUCUCCCAACUAUCCCCCACUGGGAGGAUAUUAUCGAUGUCACCAAGCCCGAAAACUGGACCCCCAAUGCCACCUAUCAAGCGACCAGGAUAUUCGUCUCCGCCAAGCCUGGAGUGGUCCAGCGCUUCCUGGAGAUGGUAGUGUUGGAAAAGGUCCGCGAAGAUAUUUACGACACGAAAAAGCUCAACGUCCACCUGUUCAACUCCCUCAAGAAGGCCCUUUACAAGCCUGCCGCCUUUUUCAAGGGCUUUUUGUUCCCUCUAAUCGGCAGCGGCACCUGCACUCUGCGAGAGGCACACAUCAUUUCAGCUGUCUUGGCGCGAGUUUCCAUCCCCGUCCUCCACUCUGCCGCGGCCAUCAAGGGUCUUUGCGACAUCGCCGCUCAAGAGGCUUCUCAGGGCAGUGAGGGAGGUGGAGCGACCAACAUCUUUAUCAAGACUCUUCUGGAGAAGAAGUACGCUCUCCCCUACCAGGCUAUCGACGCUCUGGUCUUCCACUUCUUGAGAUUCCGCGCCGAAGAUCCCGCUACCGCCAGGGCUGGUGAUAACAUGACCGUUGUCAUGAGCGGAUCCGACUACAGAGCUAAGCUGCCCGUUAUCUGGCACCAGAGUCUUCUGGCAUUUGCGCAGAGAUACAAGGGCGACAUCACCGAGGAUCAGCGUGAGGCACUGCUGGAUCUGCUGCUAACGCACGGUCACUCUGCCAUUGGUCCUGAAGUCAGACGAGAGCUGCUGGCUGGACGAGGCCGUGGAAUUCCUCUGGAGCCUCAAGGAAUGGCUCUGGAUGGCGACGACACGAUGGAGAUGGAUGCAUAA